AAGACAGAUGAAGUUGGCCAUGAACGAUAAUAUGGAUGGCGCCAUCUAGACCAGGAUCGCGCGCGGCGCUGUUUCGGUCGAUAAUUCAGUUUCCCUUUUUACUUGUCGGUGGCGUUUGCAUAGAAGGCGUUUGUUAUUGUGAUUUAUUAGCUGUCCAAUCGUUUUUUAACAGCUUGAUGUCUUCACCAGAUUGUAAACGGCAGAAGCUGGCAGACGACGUAAAUUCAGUUGCAAACAUGUCGAAGGUUUCACCAAAGAAAGACAAUUACACUCAGAGUGACGAUGUAACAAUCCCAGUAUCAGCUUCCAACAAGCUAACUGUCAUCAACAUAAAUGCUCAGCGGUUUGAAGAUGUUGCCGAGUUGGACGGAUUUGUAGAUAGAACAAUGCUCAUAGAGGAGUUACUACAGGGAGAGAAGAAGGACACGUACGUCAUGAUUUUUGCACCAUCAAAAUUUGGCAAAACUCUAAACCUUAAUAUGAUUCGUUUAUUCUGCGACAUUGAAGAUAAAAAUACAAAGACAAAGGAAGAUGUUGCAAAGAACCCAACAAUGGAAGAUCUUCGAUCGAAUCCCUCAAAGAACAUGAAAGUGUUUCUUAGACAGUUUGAGGGCACAAAAUAUGAAGAAUGUUUAAUCUUUAAACGAGAACAAUUUGUCAGCCAGCAUUUCGGGCGGCAUCCCGUGGUUUUUUUCGAUUUCAAAGACUGUAGAGUUAAAAAUGAGUCAGAAGCAAUAUUUUUUUGUGCUCUGAAAGUGAGGAAGGGUUAUUUCGAACACAAGUAUCUUAUAAAUAGUAAAGAAUUUCAAUCUGAUGAUCCUCAACAUGUCAAGUUGAAACAAAUAUGUACAGACUGGUUGAACUACAGUAAUGUUAACCUUAAGAAUCUCUCUGUGAUGGAUGUGAUCACUGGUUUGGAGAGUUUGAUUCAGAGCUUGAGGAUACAUUGGGGGAGAAAACCAGUGUUUUUGGUAGAUGAAGUUGACAAGCCUUGUGUAGCCCAAUGUGUUGUCUACAUUGAUGUUUGGGGGCGUCACGGCAACUUCGCCAUUAUCAUUGAAGUUAAAUUCAAUUCUGAUGCUACUGGUGAACCUGGCAAAAUUGGAUCUAAGACAAAAAGCUCCCUUGCUGCUGCAGAGGAAAUAGUUGAACUUCUACCUGGUAAAAAAGAAAGAGAAGGCGGAUCCGGUGGUAAAGCUGGCACUGGCAGAGAUUUAGAGAAAUUGAAAUUUAAAGACAUUAAGGAAGUAUUGAACAAAACUGUUGAUUCGUCAAGGGCUCAUGAGUUGAAGAAGAAUUCAGGAUUGAUGUAA